AUGCGCAUAAUUGAAUCGUCCUUACUCAUCGUUAUAGAAUGGCUGCGACACAUCGCUUGUUCCCCCAUAAAAACCUCCUCACCAUAUUUGGAGUUCACUAAUGAACCUAAUGGUCUCGUAUGGGCCUGGCCUGCUCCCACGAACCUGGCAGUGUUCAGUUUUUAUCCGACCCCCUUUCGGACGGCCAUCCUUUUCAAGGCUGUUGUAAAUAACUGCCGAGCUGUUCUUGAUCGCUUGAGUAGCACUACUAUAAGCGAGGUACCUGUCACCAGUGACCAACCAGGGUUGCUGCCGGCUCCUCUGGAUGUAGCGACUUUCGCAGUCAUUAGCGCUAACGCAACCUGUGGAGGUAAUGGUGCUGAGGAAUUCUGCAGGGAGACCGCUGGAAAACGGGUUGUAGUAUGUGAUGUGUGUGAGGGUCCUGAGGGCUCGUCAUCUCGUCGUCACCCCGCGGGUCUGGCCGUGGACGGUGACCCAUCCACUUGGUGGCAGAGUCCUAUCAUCACUGAUGGGGAUUACCAGCAUGUGGAACUAGUAGCUGUUUUACCCGGGAUUAACAAAUCGUUCACAUUACGUAACCAGCAAAUCUCCUGUUAUCUCAUUAAUUUAUCUCAAAUCGAUAGUGAGUCUGUAUUCUGGUGCGGUACUCCUCCUAACGAAGGCCUUGGCGCCGCCAGAUCACUCUGA